AUGGAGAGGGCCAAACGCUUCAAGUUCCUUGGCGUGCGCAUCACCAAGGACCUGAAAUGGACUUACCACACUGACACCGUGGUGAAGAAGAUGCAACAGCGCCUCUUCAACCUCAGGAGGCUAAAGAAAUUUGGCAUGGCUCCUAAGACCCUAACAAACUUCUACAGAUGCACCUUCGAGAUCAUUGUCAGGCUGCAUCACCACCUGAGGAAACUGGAAGUGUUCAAGGAAGAUCUUCAAGGAGACUGUGCACACUUCCCAAAAGUGCAGGAACAGAUUCAGGGUCCGUCAUAUGAAGAUGUUGAGAAGUACCGACGUAAAUUCCAAUACAAACUGAAGGAAAAAAUUCAGCAUGUUUUCGAGGGGGUGCCAAAACAGGGAAAUAAAACACUUCUCAAUAAGAUCUACACAGAACUCUACAUCACAGAGGGUGGAAGUGAAGAGGUCAAUAAUGAACACGAAGUAAGACAGAUUGAGAUCGCAUCCGUCACACCAGCGGCGACAGAAGAAAAGGUGAUCGAAUGCAAUAACAUCUUUAAAUUUGUAACUGGACAAGACAAACCUACCAGAACUGUGCUGACGAAGGGAAUCGCUGGCAUUGGAAAAACAUUCUCUGUACUUAAGUUCAUUUUGGACUGGGCGGAAGGAAAAGCAAAUCAAGAUAUCCAGUUCAUAUUUUCACUGCCUUUUCGAGAGCUAAAUUUGGUGCGGAAGAAAAUGCUGAGUUUAGUGGAUCUUGUUCAUGAAUGCAUCAGAGAGGCAAAAGUGAUUGAGAAGGAAUUUCUCUAUCAGAUUUUCACAAAAUUACAAGAAUCAGGAAACCCAAACUACAAUGAGAGCAAGUACAAAGUUCUAUUUGUCCUUGAUGGUCUAGAUGAGUGUCGAUUGCCUCUAAACUACAAGAAGAAUGAUAGCUGGGAUAAAGCUACAGAGCCAACCUUAGUGGAUGUGCUUCUGAAAUCCCUCAUCAAUGGGAAUCUGCUUCCCUCUGCUCGCCUCUGGAUAACCUCCAGACCUGCAGCAUCCAAUCAGAUUCCUUCUGGGUGUGUUGACCAAGUGACAGAAGUACGAGGGUUCAAUGACCCACAGAAGGAGGAGUACUUCAGGAAGAGAUUCAGUGAUGAGAAUCUGGCAAACAGAAUCAUCUCACACAUUAAGGCAUCAAGGAGUCUCCACAUCAUGUGCCACAUACCAGUCUUCUGUUGGAUCUCAGCUACAGUUCUGGAGCGCAUAUUGAGUACAGAUACGAAUGGAGAAAUACCAAAGACUCUGACUCAAUUAUUCCUUGGUUUACUGGUGUUUCAUGCUAAACAGAUGAACAAGAAAUAUAAUGAGAAAGACGAGGGAGAUCCACACUGGGAUAAAGAGAGCAUUAUGGCACUGGGAAAACUGGCUUUUCAACAGCUAAAAAAUGGCAACCUAAUUUUCUAUGAGUCAGAUCUGCAAGAGUGUGGCAUUAAUGCCAGAGAAGCUUCGGUUCGCUUGGGAGUGUUCACACAGCUCUUCAGAGAGGAUUAUGGGCCGUUCCAGGAGAAGGUGUACUGCUUCGUGCAUCUGAGCAUCCAGGAGUUUCUGGCUGCGUUGUAUGUCUUUUUAUCAUUCAACAACAACAAUGUAAACCUAAUGAACAAAGACCUUUCCGCCAUCAGAAAAAUUCUUGGGAAGUUUACAUUAAAACCUGCCUUUACCUUUCACAAGAGUGCUGUGGAUAAAGCCUUACGGGGUAAGAAUGGACACCUGGACCUGUUCCUCCGCUUCCUUCUGGGCCUCUCACUAGAGUCCAAUCAGUCUCACUUACAUGGCCUACUGACACCGACAAGGAGCACGAGAAGCAGCUCUCAGUGCCACGAGCAAACAGUCAAGUACAUAAAGAGGAAGAUCAGAAAGAAUCACUCUCCAGAGAAGUGCAUCAAUCUGUUCCACUGUCUAAAUGAACUAAAUGACCAUUCACUGGUGAAGGAGAUCCAAAACUACCUGAGCUCAGGAAAUGUCUCCAGAGAAGAACUCUCACCUGCACAGUGGUCAGCUCUGGUCUUCGUGUUGUUGACUUCAGAAGAGGAGCUGGUUGUGUUUGAUCUGAAGAAAUACUCCAGAUCAGAAAAGGGGCUUCUGAGACUGUUGCCAGUCGUCAAAGCCUCCAGAACAUCUCUGCUGAAUGGAUGUAACCUCACAGAGAGAUGCUGUGAAGCUUUAGCCUCAGCUCUCAACUCCUCCCACCUGAGAGAGCUGGACCUGAGUGACAACAGCCUGACGGAUUCAGGAGUGAAGCUGCUCGCUGUUGGACUGGAGAAUCCGCACUGUAAACUUGAGACACUGAGGUUGUCAUUUUGUGGAUUCACAGCGAAAUGCUGUGCUUCUCUGGCCUCAGUUCUAAAGUCGAACUCUUCAAACCUGAGAGAGCUGGACCUGAGUGACAAUGACCUGCGGAAUUCAGGAGCGGAACUGCUCUCAGCUGGACUGGAGAAUCCACACUGUAAGCUUGAGACACUGAGGUUGUCAUUCUGUGGAGUCGCAAAGAAAGGCUGUGCUUCUCUGGCCUCAGCUCUGAGGUCAAACCCCUCACACCUGAGAGAGCUGGACUUGAGCUACAAUCACUCAGGAGUGAAUCUGCUCUCUGCUAUAUUAGAGGAUCCCUGCUGUAAACUGGAGAAACUCAACAUGGGAUCUGGAGAUUUCAGAACCCAACCAGGUCAAAUUAAAUUUAUGUCUUCAUCUCCCCAUUCAGAUGCACGUGAUCUCACACUGGACCCAAACACAGCACACAGACGCCUCUCUCUGUCUGAGGAGAACAGAAAGGUGACAUGGGUGGAUGAGAACCAGCGGUAUCCUGAUCACCCAGAGAGAUUUGGGAACUGUGAACAGGUGCUGUGUAGAGAGGGUCUAUCUGGGCCUGGGCCUUGUUACUGGGAGGCAGAUUGGAAUGGGGAAUGGGCUGUUAUAGGAAUGGCAUAUAAAGGAAUCAGCAGGACAGGAGGGCGUAAAGACUGUGUGCUUGGAUACAAUCGUAAGUCUUGGAGUUUGGAGUCCUCUAAUCACAGUAACACCACCUGGCACAAUAAUAACUGCACUGAGUUUCCCGUCCAAUCCUCCCCUUACUACAGAGUAGGAGUGUAUCUGGACUGGCAGGCCGGCAUUCUGUCCUUCUGCAGAGUCUCCUCUAACAUACGGACACACCUGCACACAUUCCACACCAAAUUCACUGAGCCCCUCUACCCAGGGUUUUAUGUUGGGAGUGGCUCCUCAGUGACUCUGAGGUAAAAACUUUGCAUUAGGACAGCGGCAGUCUUGUUAUUAUUGGUGUUUGUAAAUAAUGAUAUUCGUAGAGUGUUUUGUGAAACUCUGCUUCGGUUUGAACUCAAUUACACUGAAUGGAAUUUUCAUGGUACAUAUUUUGCCAUGAACUUGGUAUCUGUGUGACCGAUUAUCACAAAUUCAACAUGACACUGGAGAUACAGUAUAUUACAGACACCAGGAUUGCAACCCAACUACAGAGUAAAGUCAACCGGUUACCGGUAAGACAAAUGCACAGACAGACUGCUACAACUCUAAGUAGUGCUACUGGUUACACUCAGAACACUAGUGCACAAAAAACUAUAUCUGAAAGACUUUGAACACUGACUGUUGAGAAAAAGGAAAAAAAAGACUCACAACCAAAGUGGAAAAAAGACCAUUGGAGAUAUUAUUUUUCAGUAUGUAUUGAUAUUAACUUUUGUAAGAGUGUAAGUAUUGUUUAUUAGGUCAUUCUAACAGUUGCCGCUGUAUAUACUGGGAUCACUGUGAUUAUACUAUUAUGUUAUUUGAAGAUGUCACACUUGAAAU